AGUUAGGUGGAGAUUGAUUAACGGGAGCGACCGUUUUUUAAUCGACCUAUUCUAGUUGAUAUACUAAUAUGCAGAAAGAGGAGCAUGUUUCCGGUCAAAAAAUUGGUUUGUCCAAAUCUUGCGGGACAUUUUGUGUUCUGGUUGGCGUGACGGGAAGCGUUGCAGCAUUGAAACUGCCUCUUUUAGUAUCCCAGCUUCUCCAGCUCCCUGGGGUGGAUGUCAGAGUAGUCACCACAGAGCAUGCCAAGCACUUCUACAAUUCUGCAGAGGUAUCAGUAAAACUCUACAGUGACAAGGAUGAGUGGGAGCUGUGGACUGAGAGAACUGAUCCUGUGUUGCACAUUGAGCUACGACGCUGGGCAGACCUACUUGUCAUUGCCCCUCUUGAUGCCAACACUCUUGGAAAGAUUGCAAAUGGAAUUUGUGACAAUCUCUUGACAUGUGUGGUUAGAGCCUGGGAUACCAUCCGCCCUCUCCUCUUCUGCCCUGCAAUGAAUACAGCUAUGUGGCAGCAUCCCAUUACAGCCCAGCAGGUAUCCAGGCUCGCAGAGUUUGGAUAUGUGGAAAUCCCCUGCAUUUCUAAAAAGCUAGUAUGUGGAGAUGAAGGUAAAGGGGCCAUGGCCGAGGUAUCGACUAUUGUCAGUGUUGUCAAUCAGUAUCGUCAGAAACCAGAUGAGACAUCUCAGAAAACAUGCACAUGACAUUGUAUUGUACAUUCAGCUGGCACCAAAACAAAUAUAAAAUAAGCAUGACGA